UGGUGUCAUGAUCACUGGGAAAUGUGCAGAAAUAAUUUUGCACUGCCUCUAUUACCGCCAAGAUCUGGCCACUCCAUACGGUCGCUGGUGGGCGCUGGCAGUCGCUGGUAGUCGCUGAUAGCCGGAUGGAUUGAGCGUUACUGAAUUCGUUUAGCGCAUCAGCAUUUCGGAAACGGCCGCGAUCCACUGACUAACGACAUCACACGAUCGUAUCGUGAUCUAACACAAAAAAUACAGCAGAAUCGUGCCACGCUUUAGCAUUCUCACGACUAAACAUGUCGUGAAGCGGAAGAGAUGAGGAUGGAUGAGGAUGGAUGAGGAUGGAUAUGGCUCAAAUGGAGAAGUUUAUAAUGAUGCUGUCAAGUCGGUAAAGUUUGUCUUGGGAGGAAGGUUUCACCACAGCACCAUCUGCAACACACUUAUCAAUCAAAGCAUACAACAUUGAAGCUUAAAUUUAAAUACACUCAUACCUUGAUCCUUGAAGCCAUACAGCCAAUCAAAUCAACCCCAAAUUCAAAAAUCAUGGCCCCACAAGCUCUUCGCCCACACAACAUGCACGCCGCCGCCAGGGCUGCAGUACCUGUAGCGCCUAAACUUGGCCCUGUCACCUCCAAAGUAUUGCCAAGCUUAGCAGCAUUAGGAGCUGCCUACGUCGUCGGCUCCUACGUCCGCUCCCAACUGGCCCGCGAGUCCGGCUCCUUCGACCGCAUCUUCUCCCAGCAGAACACGCCCGAGGUCGAGGAGGCCCGGAAACGAGCUCUGCAGGUCGACAUCAACGGCGACCCGCGAAACAACCUGCUCAACAUGCUCGGCUGGUCCAAAUAGAGAAUAGAAAGUUUUCCUAUUCUUUUUCUAUCUAUGUACAUCCUACCUACCGAUGUUAGGUAAUCUACAUAUAAUACGGGAUAUUUCUUAGAGGAGGGUUGCUUGCAUAUAGGGUGCAUCCCCUACCCUAGAUUUUUAUCUUUAUCUUCACGGCGACCGAUAACUACACAUUAUAUAUCGCCUUGUCGCAUGGUUUAGGGGCGUUUUAAGGGGGGGAGAUCUGUUUGGUUGGAUUAGGAAUUAUAUCAGGUACCUACAUGUUAUUCAUGUAGGCACAUACCCGCUCUCGUACAGGGCGAAUUAAAAUUAUUUAUAUGUUCAUGUUGUAUGUUCAUGUUGAAGAAAAGAAAAUGCUUGGAAGUGUGAGUGACUUGAUUCGUUGACAGUUCACGGGAAUCGAGCCGAUUACCGCCUGGCGUACACAGACUACCCUAUCCUACUGUAAGACCAGGACCAAUCGAUACUGGUAGACGCUACAAUAAAUACUAGUUGAGUCCUGUUGCACAAUUGUUUGAAUUUUUACUUCUAGUAGGCGCCCUAUCUGAUAAUAGCAUCAUGACUGAAUUAUCUAGUUCUACCUUACAGUGGGGGGCUUGGAGAGGAUGAUAACUUGGGAUGGGUAUCGGAUGUGGUGGUGUCUUAGG